AUGGCUAACACUACCUUAUUCCAUAAUCGCUCCGAUAGCUUACCUUCAAGACCACACCCUCUUAUUUCACAGCUGGAUGAUCAUAUUUCUACAUUAAGGAUUUCUGAUGCUGCUUCCACGUCAUCAACUUCCAUAACCAACAAGCUUACCCAUCUUCAAGAUUUGCAUGACUGCGUCGAUAAAUUUCUUCUUCUGCCGUUAACUCAACAAGCCUUAUUAGCGCAUCAUCAGAACCGUAAAUGCGUUGAUGAGUUGCUUGACGGAUCUCUUCGACUUCUCGACGUUUGUAACGCCGCUAAAGAUGCGUUGUUGCAAACUAAAGAGUACACUCUGGAACUUGAGUCGACCAUCCGCAGAAGGCAAACCGGUGUCGAACUUGAGGUCAAGAAAUAUUUGACUUCCAGAAAGAUGGCUAAGAAGUCAAUUCAAAAGGCUUUGAGUAAUCUGAAGGGUUUGGAGAAGAAAUGCUUUUCGUCUUCAAAUGGAAGUGAUGAGAUAGGGAAGAUAAUUAGCAUUUUAAAAGAGGUUGAAGUAAUUACUCUUUCUGUGUUCAAAUCCUUUUUGUCAUUUGUGUAUGGAGCACCAAAGGGUUUGUUUUCCAAGUCGAGUCGUUGGGCUUUGGUUUCAAAGCUUAUGAUGCAGAAGAGAAUAGCUUCUGAUGAGGAAGAAGAAGAAGGAGUUGCAGAUGGGAAUGAAUUUGCAAUGGCAGAUUCUGCAUUGGAAUCCUUUGUUGGAUCCAAAUAUGAUAAUAUAGAGAAUGUUCAAAGCCAUUUAAAGAAUUUGGAGCUUUGCAUUCAACAUCUAGAAGAAGGAACUCAUAGCCUCUUUAGACGAUUGAUCAAAACGAGAGUUUCCCUUCUCAACAUUUUUAAUUAG